UUGGGAUAUGUUUGCUUUUCACUGUGUAGUGCUGCUGAAUUGACGAUUUUGGGGCAAAAAUCUAAAUCAAAAACCCUAGAUUCCAAAAUCGCAAGCGCUUCUCGACACUCCAUACUUGGUAUCGAUUUCGACCUCGCAGAACACUGAAUCCCAUCAAGUCGACACAUUCCAUUAGAAGAGAAACCCUUUCUUGCAUCAUAUGGCUGGACCAAGAAACAGCCAUGGAAAGCGUUCCAGCUCUCACUCUGACCACAACGAUAAUGGAAGAAGUAAAAGACGCAACAAUGGUGAUGAUAGAGGAAAGAUCUCAAUCAAUUCAGACGAUACUGUAUACAGAUACUUAUGCCCUAGUAACAAAAUCGGAAGCAUAAUGGGAAGAGGAGGUGAUAUCAUCAAGCAAUUAAGAUCCGAAACUAAUUCAAAAAUCAGAAUUGGUGAGACAGUUUCAGGGUGUGAAGAACGUGUUAUUACUAUCUACAGCACAAAUGAUGAAACAAACAAAUUUGAUGAAACUGAAACCGAAACUGAUCAACGAGUUUGUCCAUCACAAGAUGCCCUUUUCAAAGUACAUGACAGAGUAGUAGCUGAUGAAGUGGGGCCCAAUGAGGUUGCUGACAUGGCACCACAAGUUACAGCUCGCCUCCUUGUCCCAUCUGAUCAAAUCGGAUGUGUUAUUGGGAAAGGUGGACAAGUAGUUCAAACUAUAAGGACAGAAACCAGUGCUCAGAUUCGUAUUAUGAAGGAUAAUCAUUUGCCUACUUGUGCAUUAACCAAUGAUGAACUCAUACAAAUAUCUGGUGAAGCUUCUGUUGUAAGAAAAGCAUUAUUUCAAAUAGCAUCACGUCUUCAUGACAACCCAUCAAGAUCUCAACAACACUUACUUGCUUCCUCCACUAUGUAUCCUUCUGUUAUGGGAACGCCAGGUGGCGCUCCAAUUAUGGGGUUAACUCCACUUCUUGGUGGAUAUAAAAGUGAAAAUGGAACCCUUUAUCCAGCUUCAAGGCGUGAAUCAUCUUCAAAAGAGUUUUCUCUUCGUUUGAUUUGUCCUUCUGCAAAUAUUGGUGGUGUAAUUGGAAAAGGGGGUGCUAUAAUCAAUCAAAUUAGGCAAGAUUCUGGAGCAAGUGUUAAAGUUGAUAGCUCUACAACUGAUGCUGAAGAUUGCAUAAUAUCUAUUUCUGCAAAGGAGAUAUUUGAAGACAGUUUUUCUCCAACUAUUGAUGCAGCAAUACGUCUACAAUCAAGGUGUAGUGAGAGAGUUGAAAGAGAUUCAGGUCUUCUUUCAUUUACAACAAGAUUACUUGUUCAAUCUUCUCACAUUGGAUCUAUAAUUGGGAAAGGAGGAUCGAUAAUUUCUGAAAUGAGAAGAAUCACUCAAGCUAAUAUUCGUAUACUUUCAAAAGAAAACCUUCCAAAAGUGGCUAAACAUGAUGAUGAAAUGGUUCAGAUUUGUGGAGAUGUUGAUGAUGUGAAGGAUGCACUUGUACAAGUGGCAUCAAGAUUGAGGGCAAAUCUUUUUGAUAGAGAAGGGGUAUUUUCGUCUUUUGUUCAAGUUCUUCCGUAUCUUCCUAUAGCAUCUCCUGAAGUUUCAAGAUAUGAAAGUAGAGAUUCCAAAGGUCAUGGACACAGAUAUGGUGAUUCAUAUGACUUCCCACCUCAUGAUGGAUAUGGAAGCUAUGCUCCCUCACAUGGACGAAGUGGUGGGCCCGGUGAUGGUUAUGGAUCAUCUUAUGGCGGUAGUAGUUAUUCUCCAAGACGUAGUGGUGGUGGUUCUCGGAGGUUAUCUAGGCAUGAUAAAAGCCCUACGGGUGGCUUCAGGCGGAGAGGGUACGGUUAUUAAAGUCUGUUUGGUGGACCCCACAGGUGAAGAUGUAGGAAGUUGAUAGGCGCCUACUCUACUUACCCAGAAAAGUAACUCUUGAAAACCAUUAACCAUUAACCUUGUUUCCUUUACAUAUAUGCUUUACUAAACCAGAAGACCAACCCAAGCCAAGCCAAGCCAAGCCAAGACAAGCCGAGCCGAGCCUGAGCCUGAGCCGCAGUCUAUACGGAAACCCACCUUAUUAUGGCUUUGCUUUCAGAACCUUUAAUCAAAGAUUAGCUUGUUUUGCUAGUUUCUUUACCAAUCUUCCAAACAACCUAACCUUGUUCAAUGGCAUGUUACUUCCAUUCCAAUCUCUCUCUUGAAGUAUUUUCUAAA